ACCGCAUGCAUCGGGGUCGAUCGAGGCCCUGGGUCGAGGUGAAUUCGAUUAGGCGAGACUCGAUAAAUUCAAGGGUCGAGAUGCCUCUUUUGCACAGUACUAAAUAUCUUACUUUUGGAUCGCAUGCGACAUGUGGUCUUAGCGAGUGGCCCUAAAAAAAUAUCGGCAAAACCCUGGAAAGCUCGUCCAGCUAACAAAGUUCUUGCAGCUAUAAGUACUUGGACUAGUUCUCCGCCACUACUCUUCUUUUGUCUUCGUUCACUCCUGCCACCGUCGUGCUAGCAACCGUCUCUGCCGCCACCAUGACUUCUCAAAACUCGCAGCUGUUCCAGUGGCGGUACACAGAGCUCGACGACCACAACGUCCAAGUCCAAGUCCAAGGCCACACCCUCUUCUACGUCAUCAUGCUGUUUGGCAUCGUCUGCUUCGUCACCGUCCUCUUCCUCUACGCGCGCUGGGUCUGCCGCUACCACGGCCUGCCUCCCGAGACUUCUCACGGCGGCAGUGCGGCGGACGUGAGCCCGCCUCGGCCCCUGCCGGGCUUCGACGCUGCCGCCAUCGACAGGCUGCCCAUCGUCCUGCACAGCAGCACGUCAUCGGGGGUGGAGGGAUCCGGUGAAUGCAGCAUAUGCCUUGGGGUGUUCGAAGACGGCGAGAAAGUGAAGGUGUUGCCGCGAUGCGGGCACCGUUACCACUGCACGUGCGUGGACCGGUGGCUCAUGACACGGCCGGUUUGCCCGCUGUGCCGGGCGACUCUCCCGGUCGACUCGGCCGGGCCGUGGGUCUGAGCCAGGGGAACGAGUCGAAGAGCGUGAAAAUAUCUUGCAUCUCCUCGACCUCCCUCCACUAGCGUCCCUUUCCUUGAGCAUGAACCGUUUUUUCUUUUGUUUGUAGGUGGCUUUUUUCCUUUUAGGUGGGUGUUGUUUUGUGUAGAGAAAUGAGAUUUUUUGUAUCUUCUUAGCUUCUUGCAAAAGCAUUGAUUUUUUGGGUUGUUUUUGCUUUUUACCACUUGCCGAGUUAUUUUAUCUUUGUGUGGAUUUCUUUCUCUUAGAAAAUAACUUGUGGGUUCGAGAACAGAAAUAUUAUCCCAUCACUAUAAAUAAC